UGGUGGGCUGCGAGUCAAUAGGUACCUUACUGAUACCCCUGCCUGGUUUGCGUUCUCCCACGAUGUGCUGCGGUCUGGUGUUCUUCUGUCUACCUCCUGAGUAAAACCGUCAAUAGUGUGGUGUUGCCGCAGAGACAGGCAACAGGUGCCUCCGCGGGACAAACACGGCAGGUGGGGGUGGCUGCCUGGCCCUGCAGGAGGAUAGGUAGCGAAUAGCCGACCGGCAAGCCCUGCCAAGACCGAUCAACCAACUCUAACUCGACCUCAUCCCACCCCUUCACAUCCCACCCCAUCACAUGCCAGCCCAUCCCAUCCCAUCCGCUCUCAUCCCGCAAGCAGCGAAAUCCCUCAACCGCAACCCCCAUCCUCACACCCCGCGUCCAAACAACCGCCAUGUCCACCACCCCGGUGACCGACCUCCCGGUCAUCACCAUUCCCCCCACACCCCCCGCCGCGCACACCCACACCGUCAUCUUCCUGCACGGCCGCGGCGACAACGCCCACGCGUUCGCCCGCGGCCUGCACGCCUGGCGCGACUCGCGCGGCCGCACCCUCUUCGACACCUUCCCGUCCUUCCGCUGGGUGCUCCCCCAGGCGCCCGUGCGCGCCAGCGCCAGCCCCCAGAUGCCCCGCCCCUGCCCGCAGUGGUUCGACGUGUGGGACGUGCGCGACUUCGCCGCCCGCGAGGAGCUGCAGGCCGCCGGGCUGCGCGAGGUCGUGCCGCUGCUGCGCGCGCUGGUCGCGCGCGAGGCGGAGGAGGGCCUGGGCGGCCGCUGGGAUCGGGUGGUUCUCGCGGGGAUUAGUAUGGGUGCUGCGACUGGGGUGCAUACGUUGCUGAAUUUGCAUGUGCCGCUGGAAAAGGGGGGCGGGUUGGCGGCGUUUAUGGGGUUUUGCGCGAGGUGUCCGUUUGCCGGACGGACGCUGCAGGGGAUGAGGCAGGUGUUGGGGUUGCAGGGCGCGCUGGAGGGGGACGGGGUGUUGAGGCGCACGCCCGUGCUGCUGGAGCAUUGCGUGGAUGAUCCGCUGGUGUUGGUUGAGAAGGGUCGCGGGUUGAGGGAUACGCUGAGGGGCUUCGGCAUGCAGGUCGAGUGGAAGGAGUAUCCGGUCGGAGGGCACUGGUUCCAUGAGCCGGAGGGUAUUGAUGAUGUUGUUGAGUUUCUGAACAGGGUGGUUCUGAGGAAGGGCGAUUCUGCGACACCAAGUGCAACACAGGUUGAGAGUGGGGAUGGCUUCGAGGCAAUGGAUCUCUCUUGAAGAGGUCGGAGGUGAAUGUGGACAACUUCACGUUGGACUGACAUAGAACGAGGAAAAUGACGAGAAGCUUUAAUGAAAGAGUUCUGUUCUCUAUUAACAAGAGAGGUUGGGCUUGAAGGCCUGGAGGGAUUCGCCUUCGUUUUCAUUGCUACGUUGCGCAUUGCUACGCCCCAACUUGGC